AUGGCCUGGGGAAAGGUGAAGGCUGGAUGGGGAAAAGUUAACAGAACCAACGCCUUCACAAGUAAAAUAAUAUUUCAGGACAUCAGACCUGCUGAAGAAUAUAGUAAGAUUUUCAUCCAAUCAAAAACUUCGGAUAACAGAACAAAAGUAAUCGGUGGAGACACCUGGAGAGUCCACGUACGUGGCCCAUCAAGCAUUGCGGCCACUGUUUUUGAUCACAACAAUGGAACUUAUGAGGCUCUGUUUCUUAUUAUGGAGCCUGGUAUCUACCAGCUGUCAAUUUAUCUGGAUUAUAGUCUAUGUGAUGGAUUCAAGGACCCUCCACGUGACUGGUUCAUUAAAGGGGACGCUCAAGGCAAAUAUCAGAAGGAAGGUCUUCUAGGCCCUCUGGAUGAUUAUUUGGUAAAAAACCCCUUCAGGGCGGAAGACUUUUCGAGAUAA